AUGACUUCCUCGGCCCCUGGACCGCCAUCGCCGUCGGCCAGCUUCUACGACUUGAGUGACGAUGAAGAGGGCGAAUACAACACGAUCCGACAUACUAGCAGUGGGAAGGGUGUGAAGCUGUUAUACACAAAGAGCAAAGUAUACGUACAUCCCUCGCCUUCCUCAAAGGACAACAUCCCAGGCUUUGUCGCUCUAGUGCAGCAGAAGUCCAACCGAACCGCCGGUGAUGCGCGUCCAACCUCAUCCUCGUCCGCUCGAAGCGUGAACGCGUCAUCGCUGCUCCUCGCUUGGAUACCAGAGUCAAACCUCGGCGAUGCAUACGAUACAUACGUAAAAGUUGACCUGUCCGACUCGUCGUCACCACCAAGGCAGUCAUACCUUGUGCCUCCGCCUCCCACACCAUCCACUCACGCCGGAACUCCCGGCUAUGCAUUCGCGCUGCCUGUCAGCGAGAUAUACUCCGUCCUCAUACGGCCACCGAGCAUCGGGUGGUGGUUUGGAAGCGUCGUCAUCAACACUCGGGCUGGUGACAGCUUUCCUGCGCUCUUCUUCCACGAUAGCGAGUGUCAGUCUACCAUCAUGCAGCGGAAGAAGUUGGCCAAGGAAAGCUUCGAUCCGUUUGGCGAUGGCGGAGGCAUGUUCUGGGGCGGCGACGAGGUACUGAGAUGGCUGAAGAGAUACGUCACAGUUGAACGUUCUGGAGCCGAUCCGAGCAUAUACCUUAUCGACCCUUCAGAAGACGACAAGAAAUCCUUUGGCAAAGACGUCGCACCAAGGAAGAGCACCGAAGGCAAGACAGACGCGUCGUCUUCACAGCAGACUGGCAAACGAGACGGUGGAAUGGAUCCGGUCACAAAGGCACUCAAGGAAGCUAGAUGGAACUUCCUCGAAAAGCUCAGCCAAGUCACAACGUUCACGCGGAGGACUGCCCAGGCCGUGGCAGACAACCCCAAGAUCCCUCCUCAGGUUAGGCGCCUGAUACAGAACCCCGAGGUACAGACGUUGCAAGAGGAGUUUGACAGCGCACGGCUAUAUCUCGCAAGAUGGGCUAUGGGCAUUGCGGAACAAAGCGAGCGUGAGCGAAACCAGCGAAUCUGGACAGCGAAAGAUGUUCUGGCCAUGGAAGAAAGUGAUGUUGGUGACUUUGAGAUUCUUGAUAUGGACAAGAUGACCAUGGCCGACAGAAGACAACCAGUCACUUUGACCGAGUGGAAAGGCUUCUUCGAUCCCAAGGGACGGCUCCAACUGACGCCAGACGAGGUCAAAGACCGAAUCUUCCACGGAGGCCUAGAUCCUGAUGACGGCGUAAGAAAGGAGGCAUGGCUGUUCCUUCUCGGAGUAUACGAAUGGGAUAGCUCAGAUGAAGAGCGACGCGCGAACGUCAACAGUCGGCGAGAUGAAUACAUUCGACUCAAGGGUGCUUGGUGGGAGCGCAUGGUUGAAGGAAACCAGAACGAAGAGCAAGAAGAGUGGUGGAGAGAACAGAAGAACAGGAUAGAGAAAGAUGUACAUCGCACAGACCGCAAUAUCCCAAUCUUCGCCGGCGAGGACAUUCCUCAUCCCGAUCCCGACUCGCCUUUCGCGGACGUGGGCACCAAUGUUCAUCUGGAGCAGAUGAAGGAUAUGUUACUGACAUACAACGAGUACAAUAAGGACCUUGGCUACGUUCAGGGUAUGAGCGACCUGCUUGCGCCCAUCUACGCAGUCAUGCAGGAUGACGCCGUCGCAUUCUGGGGCUUUGUUGGAUUCAUGGAGCGUAUGGAGCGCAACUUUCUACGAGACCAGUCGGGCAUGCGCAAGCAGCUCAUGACUCUCGAUCACCUCGUACAGCUCAUGGACCCCAAGUUGUAUCUUCAUCUUCAGUCUGCCGAGUCAACAAACUUCUUUUUCUUCUUCCGCAUGUUGCUUGUAUGGUACAAGCGCGAGUUUGAAUGGGCAGAUGUACUGCGGUUGUGGGAAUCGCUCUGGACCGAUUACCAGAGCAGCAAUUUCCACAUCUUCAUUGCACUAGCUAUUCUGGAAAAGCACCGAGAUGUCAUCAUGGCACAUCUACAGCACUUUGACGAGGUGCUCAAGUAUGUCAACGAACUAUCUGGUACUAUGGAUCUCGAAUCAACGCUCGUUCGCGCAGAGUCACUUUUCAAAAGAUUUCAACGAACGGUAGAGACGAUCGACAAGAAGGGUAACUUCCCUUCUGCACCACAAGCGCGACAACGCAAGUUGGCUGCUGCAGUCGUGGCCGGUCCGGGACCCAAUACGGUGGCAAAUGCAUCGAAAUCGAAAGACCAGGCGGUGGCCUCGGGCACAGACAAAGGAAAACAGGUCGGCGAAGAGGAGCAGGAGGCGAGAGUCAUCAGCCCUGAGCUACGCGCACUACUGAGUAGGAAAGUAGAGAAGCUCGACAAGCAGACCAUCUUGGAGCAUGGUGGUGGCGUUGGCAAGUAA